AUGGGUUCACAGAUUUACGCCCAGGCUCAGAUGAUCGAACCUGGCUCUGAGGCCAUUCAGAUAAUUAUUGCAAUGGGAAAGAUGAAGACAGAGGAGGAUGGUGCAGCCUCCAAGGUUAAGUCAACCGGCAAAGAUGCUACUAAAGAUGGGAAGACGGAGAAACUAUCAGUCUCUGCCUUGUUGGCCAACAUGGACUAG